GCGCGUGACAGAUGGAGUCGAUUUGAACGAGAGAGAAAGAGUCUGUCGCGAGCACUUUCUGGAGGGGAAAAGACGUGAAUAAAUCGAGAUUUUUAUUAUUUUCUUUAAUCUGCAAUGAGAGCUGAACAAAGUGAAAAUGGAGAAAACUCAACGAACUCGCUCAAAAUGCUGAUGGAGCAGCUGAAGGAAAUCACUGGCAUCCAGGACCAGCAGGUUCUCUACAAAGCCCUGAAGGCCAGCCAGGGGGACGUCGGACACGCUGUGGGACUACUGACCACCCAGACUGUGGAAGUUCAGGACUCUGCAGAGCCACAGGAGUCCGCCACGUCUGCAGAGACCUGGGACAAACAGAGAGGACUUCCUAAAGAUGAACUGCAGACAGCCAUUGAACUCAGCCUGCAGGAAUCCCACAAUGCAGAGCAAGAAGAGCGUGAGUUCAACAGAGCUCUGGAAGCUAGCGCUGAAGAAAAUGCAGCGCGAAUAAAGAGGAAGAGAUGUGAAGCUCAGAGUGAGAUGUGCAGCCCUGCAGACUGGAUCCGUCGGGACGACUGGCCCGUCGGCAUCCGCAACGUAGGAAACACCUGCUGGUUCAGUGCUGUCAUCCAGUCACUCUUCCACUUACCUGUGUUCAGGAGGCUGGUUCUCAACUACCAUCUGUCAGAACGAAUUCUGGAGAAGUGUAAGAGUCAUGCUGACAAGAGGAACAUUGCUUUCAUGCAGGAGCUGCGGUGCCUGUUUGCUCUCAUGGUGGGAUCCACUCGCAGGUUUGUGGAUCCCUCUGCUGCGGUGGAGUUGCUGCGUGACGCCUUUCGGACCAGCGAGGCUCAGCAGGAUGUCAGUGAAUUUUCCCACAAACUGCUCGACUGGUUAGAAGAUGCCUUUCAACUGGCCGCCAACGGAAAGAACGCGGAAGACAAGCAGCAAAACCCAAUGGUUCGGCUUUUCUAUGGCACCUUUGUAACGGAGAGGCGACAUGAAGGCAAGACGCUGUACAACAUCGAGCAGUUUGGUCAGUACCCUCUGCAAGUCAACGGCUUCAGCAACCUGGACGAAUGCCUGGAAGGGGCGAUGGUUGAGAAGGAGAUCGAGUCGCUGCACUCGGACCACGGCGUCACGUCUGGUCGAGAGAGGUGGUUUAAAAAACUACCGCCGGUCCUGACCUUUGAACUUUCUAGAUUCGAGUUCAACACUCAGCUCGGGCGCCCCGAGAAGAUACACAAAAAAUUAGAGUUUCCACAGAUUGUUUACAUGGACAGAUAUCUUCACAAAAACAUAGAACGGACCAAUGAGAGGAGAGGGGAAGUGAAGAAGCUCAAGGAGCAACUUGCUGCACUUCAACAGAAACUUGAGUGUUAUAAAAACUACGGCUCUGGACCGAUGAAGUACCCUCUGGCCGACAUGCUCCAGUUCGUUCUAGAGUUUGCCACCACCAAACCCACCAGCGUUUCCCCAGCUGAAGAUCCCAGACUCGCCACGUCUUCCCCUCCUCCAGUGAGCCACCCGCUGUCCGACGCCAUCGCCAAAGACAGCAGUGAACCUGGAGAUAAAGGCUCUACGGACGGUCUGGUUUCCAGUGUUUCAAACUGCCAGCAGACGCCUAUUUACAAGCCCUUCACCCAGUGCAAACACCCGUCUGAUUGCCCGCCCCACCCAGCGCCUCACAGCGCCUCAGAAGAAGAGCUGCACUUCGUGAAGACCUGCCUGCGGCGCUGGAGGACUGAAGUAGAGCACGACAUAAACGAGCUAAAGACCAACAUAGACAAACUCACUCAAACACUCGAAGGCAUGUACUCAGACAACAGUCUCUGCCAGGUGCCCUACAGACUGCAUGCAGUGCUUGUUCAUGAAGGUCAGGCCUCAGCAGGUCAUUACUGGGCGUACAUCUACGACCACGCCAACCAGCGCUGGAUGAAGUACAACGAUGUCAGCAUCACCGAGUCUUCGUGGGAGGAGCUGGAGCGGGACUCAUUUGGGGGGAUGACCAACGCCAGCGCAUACUGCCUGAUGUACAUUGAUGAUCGGCUACCCCAGUUGAUCACAGAAGACACAGAUGAUGAGACAGGCCAGGUGCUGCAUGGCAUGGACUCCCUGCCGGCUGCGCUCAGACGCUACGUUCAGGAAGACAACCGCUGGUUCCAGCAGGAGCUCAGCGAGUGGGAGGAGCAGUUCUGCCAGACCGCCACUCCGCAGGAAGAGUCUACGACCCCAGCGGAGGCUCCCAGCUCCAGCGUGGAGAACACAGAGCUAACACUUGUGGAGCCAGCACCACAGUCCGGACCUUCCACUGAAGAGCUGGAGCAAGGAGCGUCUUUAGAGGCCCGGUCCGGCUCAGAAGAGCAUAAGACUGCAGAUUGUGAACCCAGAGAGAUGCCUGAAGCAGCAGAGGAGUCUGAGAUUGUGCCCCCAUCUGCGAGUCCUGGCUGCCAAGCAGAUCCCACCGACACUCCCACAGUCAGCGACACCCUGGAACCGAGCCCGGACCCAGCAGGGCUGCAGAGUCAGACCUCUGGCUUGGAUGCAGCGCUCGGUAACCAGGCUGAAGCGCGUGUGCAUGGGGAGAUGUUGGGACCAAACUCAGAGGCUCACGAUGAACCCGGAGCCUCUGGGGAGGCUCCUGGACUAGGAGCAGAUCCAGGAAACGAGGAGCAGCAGCAGGAGCAACCAGCCAGGCAGAGGCAGGCGGAGAACGAGGUGUCAGAAGUGGAGAUCCCCAACGUGGGCCGCAUCAUGGUGAGGGCUGAUGCUGAUGGAUACAAUGAAGAGAUGAUGCUUACCCCAGCUAUGCAGGGUGUCAUCCUAGCCAUAGCCAAGGCAAGACAAACGUUUGACAAAGAGGGCCCUGAGGCUGGCCUCAUCAAGGCCUUCCAUGAGGAGUAUUCCCGGCUGUAUGAGCUCUCCCAGGAGGAGACCACGCCCCAGGAGGACGCCCGUCUGCAGCACGCUCUGGUUUACUUCUUUCAGAACAAGGCGCCCAACCGUGUCAUCGAAAGGACGCUGCUGGAGCAGUUUACAGACCGCAACCUCAGCUUUGACGAAAGGGCCAUCAGCAUAAUGAGAGAAGCCCGGGCCAAGCUCCGCCUCAUUAAGCCAGAAGACAUGGACAUGGAGGAAUACAUGCAAUGGCAUGACGAUUACAGGGACUUCAGGACUGUGUUUGUCUACUUGCUAACUGGACUCGAGCAUUAUCAGCACGGAAAGAUGCGAGAGGCUUUGAACUACUUGGCUCAUGCGUAUGAGACCAACGCCACUCUGCUGGGAAAGGGAGAGAAGCGUGGUGUGAACAAAGCUCUUAUUGCAGUUUACAGAAGAAAGUGCAUCACUGCGCUGAACGACAGCGCGUCCCGGCUGUUCUGCAGCGGCGAGGAGGGAAAAGUGGAGGAGGGUCUCUCCAUCAUGGACGAAGCCGUCAUUCCCUGCCUUCACCUGAUGAGCCGGGACUCCGCUUUGUCCCAGGAGGACCGGGAUGCUAUGGAGAACAUCCGCAGCCACUGGUGCUGCUGCCUGGGUCAGGACAUGGAUGAUUCACUGCAGGUAAAGUUGGGCGAGUUGCUGCCGCGGGUUCUGGACGGCUCCAGUGGGUCGGUGGUGUUGAAAGAUCCACCAAAAGUUCACGUCAACCAGGCCCACGACCUGUGCAGCCGCCUGGCCGCUGUGAUGGAGUCCAUUCACAACACCACAGUAGUAACUGUCCAGUAAAAUCCUGAAGGAAACCCAUAAAAACCUCUGGGAGCCAAACAUCUGCAGCAGCAGCCACAGCAGCAUGGCAGGCAGAGGGCUCUGUGUUGAUGGGACAGUAGGGUUCACACCAGCAUGUAGUAUCUAAUGGCUGCUGGUUUGGAGUUACACAUGAGUAGAAAAUUUGAUGUGAUACAUACAGCAAUCACUCAUUGUGAUUAGAUAGAUAAUGCACAAAUACAAGCUCAUCGAAAACAGGAAAGAACUGAACAGAACGUUUCUGAGGAUAAUGGUUUAGUCCUUCCUGUUUGCUUUCUCCCUUCUCACCUAACAAAUACUAACAGUCCUUCAGAGUCAUUAAACCUUUUGCAGGAAAAGCAAAAGAUUGCCAAAAGUGCAAAUGUUUAGUGACCAAUUUCAGACAAUAUCACACCUUUUACGUUUAAAUCUAUUGUAAAUAAACAAAACUGAUUCCUGGUGUAAAGAGUAAAAGAAACGACAAUGUCUUUAAAUCAGACGGUUUUGCAUUUCAGGACAGAGUAAUCAUGAUUUAGGCCUUCAUGAGGUUCUAAAGGGAUUCAAAUCUAACCCCAGUUUCGAUAUUUAUGACACAAAUUGUGAACGUUGCAGCCAGGUGCUGCCAGUCACAUUCGCAUGACUAACUGCUCAACUUUAUGAAAAUAUGACACUGUCACUAUCACUCCCCAACUGGGUGUACAGUAGAAGCAGGGUCUCAAGAAUCUACAAACCAAAAGGGAAAAGGUCUGACAAUUAACGUAACAGAACAUAGGAAUAAACUAAGAAACUAAUACAGCAAAAUCUGUGAGAUAAUGCUGUUGACAGGAAAAUUAAGAUGUCUUACUCUUUCUCUACAGUAUUUUGUAGAGAAAGAGUAAGUCUUUUUUUUAGCUUUACAUUGUGCUAUAAAGUUAUGCCCUUGUUAAAACCAUAUCUGGAGUGUUGCCUUGAUUCUUUCAUGCAUGUAUGAAAAAUACUUUAAUCUCUAUGGCAACCAUUCAGCUGUGCAAAAUGCCCGGCUGGAUUUAGCCCCACCUUUGAAGCACAGCUCCUCCUCGAAGGUGCAGUUGCCAAGCUUUCAAGUAUCUUCUCCCUGUCGCUCCCUCACUCAACUCCUUAAGACUAGCCAGCAACAAUUAGCAAACACCCGGUGAAACUGAGUUCAAUGGAGUGAUGUGAUGACUUUCUGAAGGCGGAGUGUCAGAAAGAGCAGGGGGUUUUCACAAAGAGGCAUUCAAGGCAUUAUAUUACAAAUUAAAAUUAAUUUUCUUAGAGUGCAUUGUUACGUUCUCUUUUGGUAGUUGGUGUGGAUGAAAGUGUCUCCUAAAUGCACAAACACAGAAAGAUAAACUCUUAUUAUUGUCCUAAAAUGUUCAUAAAUCAGAUAUGUUUCAUUGGUUGAUUGUGUUGUUUAUUGUAUACAAUAAUAUUUAGACUCAGUUCUGCAGGACUGAGUUUAAAUUUGAAUAAUUACGGUAUGUUGCUUAGUCGGCUCCUUGCACAGUGAUGCUCAUUAGGUUUAAAAACACUAAAUUUGUUCUGCGCAGCAAAGAAAUAUGGUUUGUUGGCUUUUUUUAAGGACAUCUUUUAUAUCAUCUCUUUUUAUUUCUCCAAAGCAGAAAUUAGAACUGACAGAAAGUUAUCAACAGCACUAUAAUCAAUAAUGACAUCUUAAAAGUUAUAAGUGACAACUCUGGAGAAACCCUUUAACUGUGAAGUCAUCAUGUUGUUUCUGUGCCUUAAAUUAAACUCAUCACUGAAAUCUCUGAAUCCAGGUUUUAGAGGUGACAUAUGGAGCAACUUAAGCCCAUUUUGCAGAUGUUUCACUUGUACUUUAUGAUGCUCUUCAAUAAAUGUUUUAAAUAAUUAUUAA